AAUCUGAACUCCGUACCCGGUGCGUGUGCAUGGCGGGAGCGCGCGUGGUGUCUCCGCAUGUGACGUAGUAUUGUGUGAGGGAGUGAGCGCUCGGCAGCUCUCGGUUGGGUUCGGUGAGUCAGAGUCGAAUCGGGCGAGCAACACGCGAGCGGGGGAUUUGUGGAACACUUGUUCGGCUGGUGAGCGGUCUCCUGACAAAAAUCACAACUGUUUAAACAUGUCGGGGGAUAACGAAGAGACUCAGACAGCUGAGGAGACGCCGGUGGAAGAGAAGGAGGUUCAGGAAAAGACGAUCAGCCCCGAGAAGGCAGAAGAGGCUAAACUGAAAGCAAGAUAUCCAAAUUUGGGAAAUAAACCCGGAGGGUCGGAUUUACUUCGGAAACGCCUUCAGAAAGGGCAAAAGUACUUUGACUCUGGUGACUACAACAUGGCAAAAGCAAAGAUAAAGAACAAACAGCUGCCAACAGCUGCACCAGAGAAGACCGAGAUCACAGGGGACCACAUCCCCACCCCCCAGGACCUGCCCCAGAGGAAACCCUCUCUUGUGGCCAGUAAACUGGCAGGCUGAUGUACACGCAGCCUCAGAUGGCCCCCUCAGCACCUCCCAGCCCCUAAUCCUCUCCACUUAAGUCUCAGAGAUUUAAUAUUACCUCUCCUAUGUCUCACUUUAUCACUCCACCCUCUCCACACUGGCCUGGGCCCCACCCAACUGGAUUCCACACCUCCAGGUCAACCAUGUCAAAUCCUCUUUUUUGUUUCAACCCACCCUUUGGCUUUUUCUCUACUGCCACCACAUCCUUUCCUCUGUUAUUGUCCUCCUACAUUUCCUUCAUGUCUUGUCUUUACCUCCAUGUUUGUCCAUGUACACUGAAGAAACGGUCUGUGAUGCCUCUGAACAAUGGAUGGACAGCAGAUAUGACUGUUUACGAGCUGAAGUGAGGGGCGAGCAGCAGAAGCUUGCAUCUUGUGAGGUUUGGGCACGGGGGGGAUUUAGUGUGGUGUUCAGUCUGGAGAUUAUGAUUGUGUGUGUGUGUGUGUGUAUGUAUCUGAUAUAUAUUUGUCUGGCACAGGGGCAGAAUGUUUUACAUCAGAUUUGUAUUAUUCACUGUAUGACCUUACUCUAAAUUAUGCUGUCAAUAUGCUUGAAUGAUUGAAUAUAGUAAUUCAGAGGCCAAGUUCCAUUUUAUUAACACUAUGAUUGUGUCUGCAUUAAAGGACCUUGCAGUAAAGGCUGGGGUGUCACUUUGAACUGCAUGUGUGAUGCUGGGCUCCCGAAGGUGAAGCUUCACAUACCGCAUUUUUAUUCAUCAAGGUGCACUGAGCAGAUGUUUAAAAGAGAUGCUAAAAAGCUUGGGUGCGGCUCAAAUGCUGGUAGCAGGUAGUUCCUUCAAGAAGUGUCAGAAAUAGAUCCUCUUCUUAAAAGAGCAAAAUGCAGUGUUUUUAAGUUUACACUGUGUGCUGCUCCAUUUUAUAUGCCGACACAGUCCUCUCCUAAGGAUGGAGUCAUCAUGAAUGAAUCAGGUUUUAAAGGGUUAGAGGGGAUACAGGACCUGAAGGGUAAAAUCCUUCAGAGGGACCAGUCUUUAUGCUGUAUACAUUGGUGGACAAAAACAAGGAACAAAUAGUGUAAGUUUUGGGGAAAUAAUCUUGUGUAAUCAUGACUUAAAGUAGUUUUAUCUUUAGCCCUGCAUAGUGCUUUUCCAGAAGUUUUUACUGGCCAGAUGCAAUUUACUUGUGGUGUGAUAAAUCAAAGCUAGGACAUCUGUCCAAGUUGUGCAUGUACAUGGCUGCCCUGCUGUCACAUUGUGCCAUUUUGUUUUGUAAAUAAAGUAGUUUUGCACAAUA